GACAUGAAACAGGAACAUGGUGAAAGCUAGCAACAGAAUUCAUCAUACACAGCUUUGCGACCGACGUGAUGCAUUCGGAAUGUUUUUAAAACCAUCAAUCUAACAUCAUAAGUUUCGGUAAGCCAAUGCAAACACAGUUCUAGUUUGUCUGUUUUGGUAUUAUCAUGGUGUCGAAAUGGUGGCGUUCACUUCUCUUUGUUCUUUUUAUAUCAAGUUUUCUAAAAAGUUUUGGCAUUAAUAUUUGUCCAACAAGAGAAAUAACUCCAUUCAGUGGUUACAUUACAUCUCCUAACUAUCCCAAUAAAUAUGACACUGACAUAAAUUUUAACUUAACGAUACGAGCACCAUCUGGUUUUUCUUUUCGCUUCACAUUUACCAAACUUGAUCUUGAUUAUCUUAUGUAUAAAGGCAAAUGCUUCGAUUAUGUAAAAAUAUCAGGAAUUUUGUCGAAAGAGUUUUGUAAUGAAAAUACACCAUACAUCUUCAACCCUGGUGGCAAUGUCGUUACUAUUCAAAUGUAUUCGGAUUCCGUUGAUGUAUUUCGGUUACGUGAUGGAUUUCGUCUCCAAUUUGUGUGGAAUCUAGCAGGUUUAGGCAUUAACAUCUGUCCAACGAGAGAAAUAACUCUAUCCAGUGGUUACAUUACAUCACCUAAUUAUCCCAAUAAAUAUUACAAUAACAUAGAUUGCACCUUAACGAUACGAGCACCAUCUGGUUUUUCCUUUCUAUUCACGUUUACAAAACUUGAUCUUGAUGCUAAGUAUAACGGUCAGUGCUACUACGAUUAUGUAAAAAUAUCAGGAGUUUUGUCGAGACGUUUUUGUAAUAAAAUUACACCUUUCGACUUCAACCCUGGUGGCAAUGUCGUUACUGUUCAAAUGUUUUUGUAUUCCAGUUCCACAAGGGAUGGAAUUCGUCUUCAAUUUGUGACAUAUCUUUCACGUUCUACACCCACAACUACACUCAUAUAUAAAGAUGCGCAAGGAUGUAGUUUUCAAAAUGGACUGGGGACUACAGAUUGUCCAUGGAGGAAUAAUGACUUUGAUGGCUAUGCUUAUGAUGAUUUUGACUGGACUGUAGACUCGGCUUUGACUAAUCUUUACCAGGGGAAAUACGCGUACUUGGAUGCUUCCUCACAAAGAAAAAGAGACAAGGCCUGGCUAGUCAGUGAUUAUUUCAAUAGUUCCAUCACCUGUUUUCGAUUUUCAUACUAUAUAGACGACAAAUCAGGUGGUUUGUUGAAAGUUUAUCAGCAAAUUUUAGGAAGUGCAAAAAGAUUAUUAUGGACAGCAGCCCCCCAACGUAGAGUGUCUAAGUGGUUUGAAGUUAAUAUGACCAUUCCACAUACUGGAGUUAAUUCGGCAUACAGGAUAAUUGUUGAAGGCAUCAAAGGAAAUCCGGGCUAUCAUAUUGCUGUUGAUGAAUUUACAUUCAUGUCAACAGUGUUGUAUAAUGAAGAAACAAGCGAUGAUUUUGAUUGGUCAAUUGGCAGCGGCAUUUCGCGAAACUCUAAUACUGGUCCGAGCACUGACUCAAAAGGUUCAAUUUAUGGAAAGUAUUUUUUCAUUGAAACAUCCCAAAAGCAAGGAGACAAAGCAUGGUUGGUCAGUCGAAGUUUUUUCAACUCGAGAAAAUGUCUCACAUUUUACUAUCAUAUGUAUGGCAACAAUAUUGGAUCCUUGAAUGUGUACAGAAAAAUCUACGGAAAUAAAUAUAAAUUCUGGAGCAAAAGUGGUAAUCAAGGCAAUUCGUGGUUUAAGGCACAAGUAAACGUAGUAAAUAGCUUAAAAUAUAGCUAUGAGAUUAUCAUUGAAGGAGUCAGAGGAUCGGGUACUACAGGAGUUAUAGCUAUAGACAACAUCGAACUUAAAAAUGGUUAUUGUAAUUUCCAGUCGACAACUAACUUCUACAGUGUUACAACAGUACCAUCUUCCAACAAGGCAAGUUCGACUGGAUACAUUGCAAUUGUUUUGGGAACGUGUGGUGGUAUUGUUCUUAUACUUCUUAUAAAUUUGUUUAUCAUUUGUUACAUACGUCAGAGGAUCAGACAAAGAAACUCAUCCAAUACAACCACUCAACCCAGCAGAAUUCGGAAUCGUUUAUAUUCAACCACUCAACGCGAGAGUGUUCAAAUUACGACUGAUUCAACCACUCAACCCAACAAUAUUCAGAAUCCUACUUAUUCAACCACUCAACCCGAGAGUGUUCAAAUUACGACUUAUUCAUCCACUCAACCCGAGAGUGUACAGAAUAAAAAUUAUUCAACCAAUCAACAAAACAUUUUGACAAGUUUACCGCCACCCAGUUAUGAAAGCGUGUGUAACUGACCACCAUCCUACUCCCAUGCAACUCAUUUUGCCAGUGUUGGUGUCUAUCCAAACAUUGUACCAACUACAAAUUCAGGACAAAACAUUUAUACGUUGCCGAUGAGCAAUAAUAUCUCCGGUAACAAUUCCAAUCCAAAUAAUACAAAUCCUGAACAAAUUGAUUUGCCCUCUACUAUUGCACCUGUGGAAAUUGUUAGCGCAGGAGAAUACGUUUUUGAAUCCGAUACAAUAAUAAGCAAUUAUGAAUUUUAUAAAAGUAUAAAAAUGAAACUUAUUCUUAUAAAGUCGCACCUUAAAACCGACACUUAAAUUAUUUUUAUUAUUAAAUGCAUGCAGCAAAUAAAUGUA